UUAGUCUUUGUGUUAAUGUCUAGGGCAAAUUGUAUUGAAUGAUUUGUCCUACUGUCUGAAAUUACAUUUCUCUCUCUGAAAAAAGUGAACCAGAGGGAAGAAAGAAAAAUAUGAUAUUGAGAAUAUCAGCAAAAUAGAAAUUUUCUGUGGGUGGUUUUGGAAUUUAGAUUAGCGAUGGGUUCUCUAGGAGGCAGCCCAAAAACUUGGAUACCAUAUAUGAACACCAAAGAUUGUUCUCAAGGGUUUUGCAGUUUGUACUGUCCACAAUGGUGUUACAGGAUAAUACCUCCUCCACCUGUCCUUGAGUUUCCUGAAGACAAUUCAUCUUCCCCAAGUUUCUCUCCUCUUGUUAUUGCAAUUAUUGGCAUUUUGGUGAGUGCUUUUCUUCUUGUUAGCUACUACACCAUAAUAUCCAAGUACUGCGGCAAUGCAGACCGGAGGAGAGCGAGAAGAGAAGAUCAGGAGCAGAAUGAGGAGAUGGAGGAUCCUCACAAUCCCUCCAUCCAUGAACCCUGGCAUGUCAUGACGGCCGGCUUAGACGAGGCUUUGAUCAAGUCAUUAACAGUUUGUAAGUACAAGAAAGGAGAUGGAUUUGUUGAAGGAACAGUUUGCUCAGUUUGUCUGAGUGAGUUUGAAGAAGAUGAGAGGCUUAGGCUGUUGCCUAAGUGCAACCAUGCUUUCCAUCUCCCAUGCAUUGAUACAUGGCUUAAAUCUCACUCAAAUUGCCCGUUGUGUCGUGCCAACAUAGUUCCUCAUCAGUUGCUUCACCCUGCCGUGAUUGAAACUCCAUCAUCAACCAAUCAUGAUGCAUCAUCCAUGGCUGAAAGCCAACCAGCACAUGAUCAAAAUGUUGUCAUGGCACAAACUUCCGAAAGGGGUCCUUCUCAAAAUGAGGAAUCAAUGCAAGGAGAUCAUGAAGGGUAUCAUCAAGCAAUUAGAAGGUCGGUUUCCAUGGACGAUUGGCGUCAGAAUAAUCGAGUUUUAGUAGCUGAUAUUCUAGCAGAUGAUGAAGAGGAUGAGGAGGACGAUAUGAACUCAGAGUCAGAUGAUAUUGCUGAAGGAGUUGGCAAAUCUAGCAAUAGAAAAGGGGUGCUCCUGCAUUGUGUUAUGAGUCCUGUUGCAAUGAAGAGAUCAUUUUCAAGUGGAAGAUUCUUUCCCACUAGGCCUUCAAGAGCACGGAAUACAGUACUUCCAGUCUAGAAAACUUUUUGUAUUUUGGUUUCUUUUGGGGGAAUGUGGAUUAAGCUGGCAAAUCAAACAGUUUGGUCCGGAUUAAUUAGCUAUUACAAUUAUUUGUUCAUGAUCCAUUAAUGAGUGAUUUGUAAUUCUCUACCAAUCGAAAAUUAUAGUAUACAACUAGUGUAUAAAUCAUCCUUUUUUAGGUACUAAAACCAACAUAUGAAGGUCGUUCUUGUCAAAAGGGCAUUGUAUACACAUGUUGUAUUCUAAAAUCUCUCCCUUUAAUAUAUUGUU